AUGACGAAAAUAACAGAUGCAGCAACGAGACAGGCAGUUCAAAGUGCCUAUGACGCAGUUAGAGCAACUGUUGUGGAAAGUCAAGAAAAAGAGUUACAACAGACCAAAACAGACCUAGUAAAUGCUUUCUUAAAAACGAAAAGUCAGGUAGGACAUUAUGCUGCAGAUGGAACAUAUGUGCCAGCUGGUGGAACUUAUAUACCACCAAACCCUCCAAGAGAAGCACCUGCACCAGGACUACCUAAAACAUUUACAUCGUCACAUGGACACAGACACAGGCAUGCACCAAAACCAACACAACAACCAACAGUUCAAAAUCCAGCACCACAACAACAACCAAAACCAACAGUUCAAAACCCUGCACAGCAACCAACAGUUCAAAAUCCAGCACCUGCACCACAACCAAAACCAGCACAACAACCACCUCCACAACCAGCACAGCAACCAACAGUUCAAAACCCUGCACAACAACAACCACAAACAGAGCAAAGACAUAAAAGAAGUAGAGAAAAAGGAAACCAAGAAUUCUUAAAAAUGCUUAAGGAAGAUUAUGGUUACCCAGAUACUCUUGACUUUAGUGACAGAUAUAAAGAAGCUAUUAGAAAGUUCAAGGAAGGAAAUACAGACCCGAACCUAUUUAGCUUUAUGGUUCAGCAUCAAAUCGGAUAUAAUCUCAAACCUGGAAAAUACAAGCUCGCUAAGGGAUAUGAUUUAAUAGCAUAUCAUCCAAAUGACAUGACUGAAUUUACUCCGAGAUCUUUGAUGUCAGAGCUAAAUGAUAAUUCAACUCUCUUCAUGAAACGCGUAAAAAAUAGAGACGGAACGAAAGAAGAAAGGUUUAUGAGUCCGGAUGACUUAGAUAGGGAACUUGUUAAAAACGGUCUCGGAAUAUAUGAAAUGCCAGCAGAUGAGGUACAAGAAACUCAACAGGAAGAAGUUCAGAUACAACCAGACAUGGAAGAAAUAGUUCAGCAACAACAGCUAGAAGAGCCUGAAGGAAACGAACAAGUCCCUCCUUUGGAAACUAACUUCACAGAACUAGAUGAAGAUUUGGAACAGCCGAAAAAUCUUGACCCUCAACAAGAGUAUGAGGAGAAUAUGGAAUCUUUCCAAGAGUCUAAGAAAAAUUCGGCUGACAUGGUAGAAGAAUAUCGAAAAAUGUUUGCCGACAUACAAAAGACUCCAACACCAGAUGAAAAUAUUCAGCAUAGAAUGGAA